GCCAAAACCAUCCGCGGGGAACCUUAUCGCUCUAUCAAACCUACCCCGCUUUACAUAACUCUAUGCUGGAUUACUUUAUAUAUCAUUUAUAUCAACCGGUGAUAACCACUUGAAUUUCAGCUGUUUACAAAUCCUCCCCCGAUGCCGUUGGAACUCGCUGUGCCGCUAUCUGACGAUGACGCCUGGUCUUACUCCUAUCCAGAGUCUAAGGAAUCGCUUGCUCUUAACGCUGACAUCCCCCCGAGCAGUUCAGACAAAACCAUCAUGGGGUACCCUAUUACCCCUUCCGGGUCUAUCUGUAUGGAGAAUGAACUUACCACUCCAAAGAUUCCCACUCUGGAAGUGGUUGCCACCCUUCCAAUAGACACGCCUAGUCGCGAUGCUACCGACCGAGUCAUGCUCUAUGAGGCGUUUGUGGCACCACACCGAUCCAAAACGACACUGGGAACCCCUUCUGCGAACGGCAGCUUUUCUGGUAUUCCCAGCUCCUUGAGUCUCGGCCCGUCGUUUGCUAAAUCCGCGCCGACCACUACCGCCGCGGAUAUGGCCCCGGUCCUCGUUAAAUUCAACUCCACCGAUGAAAUCCCGAUCCUAAGGCGCAGUGUUCUUUCCACUGAAAAAAAUGAUGACAGUGGACGACGUGACAGCGUCGGGAGUGCAAAAAGAACGCUCUCCCGCUUGGAAAGUGGAAAACCCUCCAUUGAAACUUCCAGUAUUCACGGCAUCAAUGACAAUCCCAGCCAAGACGAAACGCUAGAAACACCUACAAGGUCCCCCGAAUCCAAGUUUUUUACUUCAAUGAACAAAAUUGCGUCAACCAUUUCCACCUACGCCUCGAAGUCCAGCCCCACAGCCCCCUCUAGGGAUGAAGAUAUCCUCCGUGAGGUUCCUGGAAACGCGAUGCUUUCGUACCGAAAGACGAUGAACGGAAAGUCCUCAGCCUUAGAGGAACGCUUACAGGGCCAACUACAAAGCGACAAAACCCACCAGCGUACCCCCAGCUAUGACCCUGGGCUCUUUAUCGACGCCAAAUACAUGGAUACAGGCUACCGCUUCGUGACGGGUGCGCGUGAUGCAGACUUUCACACACUUUUCCCGGAAAUCGAGCCCCAUGACCGACUUCUCGAUGAUUUCAGCUGUGCGUUGAGCCGUGACAUCUUGUUCCAGGGGCGGUUGUACGUCAGCGAGCGGAAUUUAUGCUUCAACUCGAACUUGCUCGGAUGGGUGACGAAUCUUAUUGUGCCAUAUGACGAGAUUAUCGGUUUUGAGAAGCGGAGUACCGCGGGGUUGUUUCCGAACGGGAUCGCAGUGGAGACACGUGAGGUAACUCAUACGUUCGCGAGCUUUGUAACGCGCGACGCGACUUACGAGUUUUUGAAGGUUAUAUGGGGAAAGGCCGAGAAAACGCUCGAGGGCAGAGAGAAAAUCAGAAAGCCUGAUAUAACCGGAAAAUCCAGCCCCUACGAAAAGUCCGAUGAACGCCCCCGCUUUCCUAGCCACCUUGGUCUCAGUUCUCACGACAUGUCACAUGCGCUUUUAGGCAGGGACUCCAAUUUAUUUUCCAACCCUAUCGCCUCAGAAGGAUCCAUUGAUGAAGCCAUGCGGUCGAUGAUCCUUUCCAUCGAUGGGGAUAGUGCUUCAGAGACGGUCCAAGAGGAAGUGUUUGAGGUGAAGCCUGGCUGUGGAUAUAGUAACGUGGGGCCUGAUUCGCACGCGGAAACUGCGUCUAGCUACGACUGGGAGGCCAACAACGAGACGCUUUUGGCGUCGGAAACAGUGGAGGCACCGCCUGGGCUUGUUUACGAUGUUAUCUUUGGUGAGAACACCGCGUUUCACCGCGAGUUCAUGACACAGUGCGACGGUUCGGCGUUUUCUGCGUACGGGAAGUUCACAGAAAGCAGUGAGGUCGUUCUGGAGCGCCACUUCACGUACCUGAAAGCGCUUGGCUACGCCAUCGGGCCCGCCUCGACCAAGUGCGUUGUGGUCGAGCAGGUGGAGCAACUCGACUUGAACAACUGUGUGGUACUUGUGAGCACCACCACGACUCCAGACGUGCCCAGUGGGAACGCAUUUUCCGUAAAAACGCGUUAUAUCUUGACGUGGGGGCCACGGAAUACCACCAAUAUGGUGAUCACUUAUUGGAUUGAGUGGAAGGCGCGGAGUUGGAUUAAAGGCAUGAUUGAGAAGUCGACCCAGUCUGGCCAAGUGGAUGCUGCGGGGAAGUUGGUGGGGCUUCUUAAGAAGAAGAUUGAGGAUAUUACCGUGAAAGUCAGCAGACCUGUUCUCACUGAGACUCCUACGGCCGUGGUUCCAGCGACCCCCAGACGCUCUUCCGAGUGUUCCACUGUCAAGGCAAAGACCCUGGAACAUGUUUCCCCGCCGGAGACGGGGGCGCUCGAUACGUUUUCCCGGAACUACACCCCGUGGUUCUUUGCGUUGUUAUUACUUAUUGUGGUGCUCAUAUUGUGCUUACAAGUGUAUAUAUCGUCGUCGAUCCACGCUUCCAACGCUCUCAUGACGACAUACCUUCAGAGCGAUUUGUCUAUGAGGCAUUUUAACCAUGAACAGACCAAGUCAGAUCUCGGAAAGAUUAUCGACGCGGCGUUUGUCAAGCGCAAGCCGAAUGCCGAGAUCCUGGCAGAGCUAAAGAGGCAGAUCGAGGAGUAUUUUACGUAACUAAGAGGAUUUGGCGGGGUUUGGAAAGCCGAGGAAAAUUACUGGAGAUAGUACUUAUUUGACGCGAUGUUUACAAACCUUUGCUUUAUGGUAGGAUCACUUGUACCUGGCCGUUUAAGCCAUGUUAUGAUGAGGUUACGAAGUAGAAAGAGCUAUGGGCGAUUUGGGGGAAGCUUAUCGAAGUGCUGAGCAUUUUACGGAAAUAAAUGGUAAAAGACGGAAUUUUACAUCAAUUAUAGUUUCGCUGUAAAAUUCCAAAAAGGGGAAAGUACGGCUCGAAUCGGUAUGUCCAGUCAGGCUCGUGCCGUCACAGCUGAUGGUGGA